GGGCGCGGUCCCGCAGGGCGGCGCGCGGCGCUCGGGACCGGGCGGGCAUUAAUGGCGGACGCGGCUCCCGCCGCCCAGCGCUGACCCGCCGCUCCCCGCGCCUCCCGCCGCCUCCCGCCGCCCUCCCGCCGCCUCCCGCCAUGUCCGUGGUGCCGCCCAACCGCUCGCAGACGGCUGGCCCCGCGGGUCAACCAGUUCGCAACAAGUACAUCCAGCAGACGAAGCCGCUCACGCUGGAGAGAACCAUCAACCUGUACCCUCUGACAAAUUACACGUUUGGCACCAAGGAGCCCCUGUACGAGAAGGACAGCUCGGUGGCCGCUCGGUUCCAGCGCAUGAGGGAAGAGUUUGACAAGAUUGGCAUGAGGAGGACGGUGGAGGGGGUUCUCAUCGUGCACGAGCACAGGCUGCCCCACGUGCUGUUGCUGCAGCUGGGGACAACUUUUUUCAAGCUACCUGGUGGUGAAUUGAAUCCGGGAGAAGAUGAGGUGGAAGGGCUCAAACGCUUAAUGACAGAGAUACUGGGUCGCCAGGAUGGUGUUCAGCAGGACUGGGUGAUUGAUGACUGCAUUGGCAACUGGUGGAGACCAAACUUUGAACCUCCUCAGUAUCCCUAUAUCCCAGCUCAUAUUACAAAGCCAAAAGAGCACAAAAAGCUUUUUUUGGUCCAGCUUCAAGAAAAGGCUUUGUUUGCAGUCCCCAAAAAUUACAAGUUGGUUGCUGCACCCUUGUUUGAGCUCUAUGACAAUGCACCAGGAUAUGGACCCAUUAUUUCCAGCCUUCCUCAACUUUUGAGCAGAUUCAACUUUAUUUACAACUGAACUCCUGUUUACCUGAAGACUCCAAUAGAAGAAGCCGUCUCUGUGAGCACAGCUUUAAAAUGUAGAGUGAAGAAUACGUGUGACACAAGGAUUUUUUUAAGUCAUUCUGUUCCUGGAGGCCACUCAAGUUUCUAUGGUAUGAACAGAGAAGUGAAUCUCAACUGUUUAGGUAGAGAGAUGGCAAUGUGAUACCAGUGUUUUAAUCCCUUUUCAUUGUAAUACUCACCAAUUUUUUGUUUUGUACAACAUUAAACAAAGUGGUUAAGAUUC